GAGGAGGUGGCAAAGCAAACAAGAGGACGUGAUGGGCAAACACUUGGAGGAAGAGCAGCUAGUACUGACUAGGACAUUGGGGACAAGGAAGAGGAAGAAAUCAAGAGGACCCAGAGCUUUCUGGGCUGGAUGUCUGGGGGACUGUUGUUAGAAUGAACAGAAGGAAGGAAGAAAGCUUGGAAGGAAAGAUUGACCUGGACCUGCUGCAUUGCAUGAGCUAGGCAGGAAAUCCCUGGGAGGGUGAGGCCAGCAUAUGGGUGGGAAGUCAGGGAGAAGUACAGAUUUGUAAGGCGUAAGAGUAGACGCAGGGUGGCCAGAGAGGGAGGGGCAGCAGGAGAGGGAAAGUGCUGGAGACAUGUCAUUUGGGCCUGGAGGGGAGGAGAGAGGCGGCAAGGGGAAUGGAGGGCCCGGGAAAGUGGACGGUGGAGCAGGACCUGUCAGCUUCAAUGAAGGAAUGAUGACAACCUCAGUGAAGACAAGCAGCGAGAGUCACCGAGUCACAUCACUACCCCCAACAACCUCCAAGACCACCACAGCCACAUCCACAUCCCUGAUGACCUCCGAGACCGCCACCUCUGCCACAGCCACAUCCACAUCCCUGAUGACCUCCGAGACCACCACCUCCGUCACAGCCACAUCCACACCCCCAACCACCUCGCAGAUCACCAUCUCCACCAUAGUCCCAUCACCACCCCCAACAACCUUGCAGACCGCCAUAGCCACAUCCACACCCCCCAAAACCUCUCAGACCACCACCUCUGCCACAGCCACAUCCACACCCCCAACCACCUCUCAGAUCACCAUCUCCACCAUAGUCCCAUCACCACCCCCAACAACCUCGCAGACCGCCACCUCCACCACAGCCACGUCCACACCCCCAACCACCUCGCAGAUCACCAUCUCCACCAUAGUCCCAUCACCACCCCCAACAACCUCGCAGACCGCCAUAGCCACAUCCACAGCCACAUCACCACCCCCAACAACCUCCCAGACCAUCACAGCCACAUCCACAUCCCUGAUGACCUCUGAGACCGCCACCUCUGCCACAGCCACAUCCACACCCCCAACAACCUCCCAGACCAUCACAGCCACAUCCACAUCCCUGAUGACCUCCGAGACUGCCACCUCUGCCACAGCCACAUCCACACCCCCAACAACCUCCCAGACCACCACCUCCGCUACAGCCACAUCCACACCCCCAACCACCUCUCAGAUCACCAUCUCCACCAUAGUCCCAUCACCACCCCCAACAACCUCGCAGACCGCCAUAGCCACAUCCACACCCCCCAAAACCUCUCAGACCACCACCUCCGCCACAGCCACAUCCACACCCCCAACAACCUCCCAGACCACCACAGCCACAUCCACACCCCCAACCACCUCUCAGACCACCACAGCCACAGCCACAUCCACACCCCCGACCACCUCCCAGACCGCCAGCUCCACCACAGCCACAUCCACACCCCCGACAACCUCUCAGACCGCCACAGCCACAGCCAUAUCCACAUCCCCAACCACCUCUCAGACUGCCAUCUCCGCUAGAGCCACGUCCACACCCCCGAUGAUCUCCCAGACUGCCACCUCCACCUCAGCCACAUCCACACCCCCAACCACCCCUCAGACCGCCACCUCCGCCACAGCCACAUCCACACCCCCAACGACCUCCCAGACCGCCACCUCCGCCACAGCCACGUCCACAACCCUGACCACCUCUCAGACCGCCACCUCCACCACAGCCACAUCCACACCCCCGACAAUCUCUCAGACCGCCACAGCCACAGCCACAUCCACAUCCCCAACCACCUCUAAGACCGCCACUUCUGCCACAGCCACAUUGACAUCCACAUCCCCAACCACCUCUCAGACCGCCAUCUCCGCUAGAGCCACGUCCACACCCCCGACGAUCUCCCAGACUGCCACCUCCACCACAGCCACAUCCACACCCCCGGCCACCUCCGCCACAGCCACAUCCACACCCCCGACCACCCCCCAGACCGCCACCUCCGCCACAGCCACAUCCACACCCCCGACCACCCCCCAGACCGCCACCUCCGCCACAGCCACAUCCACACCCCCGACCACCCCCCAGACCGCCACCUCCGCCACAGCCACAUCCACACCCCCGCCACCUCCG